AUGGUUCGUUUCUCCGCCGCCAGUGCCCUGCUGCUGGCCGCCGGCGCGGCCGCCGACACCUGGCCGUUCGCGACGUACGAUACCGGUCCCUGGACCCCUCCUCAAAUGAAGGUUCACAAGAGUGGAACGACAGAACCGGGAUAUAUCUUCGUCGGGCCCCGGGGGAAUCAGCCUAACGGAACCGCCGCCCUGAUCUACGACGAAGAGGGCCACCUGGUCUACCAAGGGCCUACCCAGGUCACGGCCAACGUCAAGGUGCAAAAGGUGUUCAACGAAGAUACCCUCACUUUCUGGGCCGGUGACAUGACGAGUUGGGGAUACGGGUUUGGGACGGUGCAUAUCCUGGACGACACGUACCGCGAGAUGUACACCGUGAAACUCCCGGACGACCCGGCGACGGGCCGUUUCUUUGCGACCCCAGACGGCAACAGCCGUCCCUCGUACAUCGACCUGCACGAGAGUCAUAUCACCGACCGCAACACCCUGCUAGUAACCGCCUACAACACCACCCAAUACGACCUGACUCCCGUGCGUGGCGCGCCGGAUGGCUGGAUGCUGGACGCCCUGUUCUACGAGAUCGACAUCGCUACCAAUGAGAUCGUGUUUGCGUGGAGCGCCUUGGAGCACAUCGCCGAACUGCCAUUGGAGGAGUCCUUCCAGGCGAUCGCGCCCGGAUUCGGCACGCGCAACCAGCCGUGGGAUGCCUACCACAUCAACUCCGUCGAGUUGAUGAGCGACGGCUAUAUUCUCUCUCUGCGUCAUUACUGGUCGGGACUGUACGUCUUCAACAAUGGCACCAUCGCCUGGCGGUUGAGUGGUGCUCACGAUGACGGCGACUUCGAGAUCGACGACGCCGGGUUGUACCAGUGGCAGCACGACAUUCGCAUCUUCGACGAGACGGACGAAGGAUUCAUCAUGACUCUGUUCAACAACGUCGACACCCCCUCCGACCCCAAGACGGGCCCCACGACGGGAUUGAAAUUCCAGGUGGAUCUGCUGAACCGCAAGGUCACCACCCUGCAGGUCAUCACCAACACCCACGACGAAGUGUUCAGUGUCAGCCAAGGCAGCUUACAGACGCUCAACCGGGAAACCGGCCACAUUUUCAUGGGAUAUGGCUCGGUUGCGACAGUCAAGGAGUUCGACGGCGAUGGAGACGAAGUCUUCACGGCGUCGUUCGGGGAUCCCGGCCUGGUGGCCUCAUACCGGGGCUACAAGUGCCAGUGGAAGGCCACGCCCUUCUGGCCACCCGCCAUGGCGGUGGUGCCGACAGGGCCGGGCGUAGCGGAGAUUUACAUGAGCUGGAACGGCGCGACCGAGUACGACAACUGGGCGAUCUACGCAGUGGACGGGCCGGAGGCGACGACCAGCCGCUUUGUCAAGUCGGUCAAGCGGGCUGGAUAUGAGACUCGUGCGGACGUGGGCAGCCUCAGGACGCGCUUCAUGCAGGUCGUUGCCCGCAAGGGCGAUAUUCCGUUAGGGACAUCGCCGAUUGUGGAAUUUUAA